AUGGAGGUGGAAGUCAUCAUCCCAACUCCGGCGUCCGCCGACUUCAACUUCGACAGCUCCUCCACUUCCCCCUUCAUCAGCGCCCCCUCCAGCCCCUCCUUCUACUGCCGCUCAUCUGCCGCCUCCGCCGCCGCCGCCUCGGCCGUCCCCUUCGGCUGGGAGGAGAAGCCCGGCGUCCCCAAGUCAACCGCCCCGUCCUCCGCCGCCUCCUCCACCUACGGCGACGCCGACGACGGUCUCGACGCCGCCGGAGAAUUCGCCUUCGAUUUCAGCGGCCACCUGCUCCGGGAGCCCCUCCCCGCCGAUGAGCUCUUCGACGGCGGCAGGAUCAGGCCCCUCAAGCCCCCGCCGGGCCUCCAGCGCGACCCGCCGGAGACUCCGCCGCCGCGGUCCCCCCGCUCGCCGGGGAAAUUCAUCCGGGAGGCCCUCUCCCCGAAAAAUCGGUCAAGAGACUUCGACCCUUUCGCCGCCGCCAUGGAACAGACUCGCUGGGACGGCGACGGCCGGCAGAAAUCCGGCGAGAGAAAGAAAGGCCGAGGGAAAAAGAUCUCCAGAUCCCUGUCGCCUUUCCGGGUCUCCGACAUGCUCUUCGAACCCGACCCGACAAAUGAGCCCGAUAAAGGCCCGGCGACCGGCUUCUCCUCCUUCUGGCACCGGCGGUGGAGGAUCAAGGACCUGCUGCUGUUCAGGAGCGCGUCCGAGGGCCGGGCCGCGGGGCCCGGCCUUCUUGGAAGGCCCCGCCGGGACGACGCCAUCGCCAAGGAUUCGAGUUUCGGGUCGGGCUCUAGCAGAAGGAGGGCCGGGCCAGGAGUGUCGGCCCACGAGCUGCACUACACGGCGAACAGGCAGCUGUCGGAGGAGAUGAGGAGGAGGACCUUUCUGCCCUACAAACAGGGCCUAUUGGGCUGCUUGGGCUUCCACCCGCCGGCCCACGAUCUGUAUCCAGCCCAGCCUGAGAAAACUACUGGUUGA